UUAAGCACCAGUGUUGAGUACUAGAAACUACAACUACUAAAGGGCCACGGGCUCCUAAGCAGUUUUUCGUUUCCGUCGAGGUGACCGUCGGGCUGUUUCUGAGAGGUCAACUUGACGGGCCCAAGUCGUUGUUUGAUGCAACUGGUGAUGAGAUGGGGGUCAACCAGUCCGUGGGCUUUCCACCUAUCACAGGACCCCACCGUGUGGGCUGCGGGGAUGUGAUGGAGGGCCAGGGUCCCCAGGGGAGCUUCUUCCGACUCUUCUACCCCUGCCAGGAGGCAGAGAAGACCCUGGAGCAGCCCCUGUGGAUACCCCGCUAUGAGUACUACACUGGCCUGACCAAUUACCUACAGUUAAAUAGUCGCUGGUGGCGUUUGCUGUUCAACCUGGCUGUGGGGUCUUGUCGCCUGCCUGUUAGCUGGAAUGGCCCCCUUAAGACCAAGGACUCUGGAUACCCCUUGAUCAUCUUCUCCCAUGGCCUGGGAGCCUUCAGGACAAUGUAUUCAGCAUUCUGCAUGGAGCUGGCCUCCCAUGGCUUUGUGGUUGCUGCAUUAGAGCACAGGGAUGGGUCAGCUGCAGCCACCUGUUUCUGCAAGAAGACCCCAGAAGAGAACCAGCCCACCAAUGAGUUGCUGGUGGAGGAAUGGAUUCCCUACCGCCAAAUUAAGGAAGGGGAGAAGGAAUUUCAUGUUCGGAAUUGCCAGGUGCAUCAGCGGGUCAUGGAGUGCAUACGGGUGUUGCAGAUCCUGCGAGAUGUCACUGGUGGGCAGACAGUCCACAACAUCUUUCCUGGUGGAUUGGAUCUGAUGACCUUUAAGGGCAGCAUCGACAUGAGCUGCAUGGCUGUAAUGGGACAUUCAUUGGGAGGGGCCACAGCUGUUCUGGCUUUUGCCAAGGAGAAACAAUUUCGGUGUGCUGUGGCUCUGGAUCCUUGGAUGUUUCCUCUGGAACGUGACUUUUACCCAAACGCCCGAGGCCCUGUAUUCUUCAUCAAUACUGAGAGAUUCCAGACAACGGAGACUGUCGCCUUGAUGAAGAAUAUAUGUGCCCUGCAUGAACAAUCCAGAAUCAUAACAGUCCUUGGUUCUCUUCAUCGAAGUCAAACUGACUUUGCUUUUGUGGCUGGGAGCUGGUUUGGUAAAUUCUUUCAAACCUGUGGGACCUUGGACCCCUAUGAAGGUCACGAGAUUGUGGUGCGGGCCAUGUUGGCCUUCCUGCAGAAGAACCUUGACUUGAAAGAGAACUAUGACCAAUGGAACGACUUCAUUGAAGGCAUUGGACCAUCACUCACCCCCGGGGCUCCACACCAUCUGUCCAGCCUUUAGACACAACUGACCGUUUAUAAAAGGUCACAAAUGGGAGAGAAGCUGAGCUGAAUUCCCAUUUGGUGUCUACCCAUGACCUCCUAUCAGGAGGUGGUCGUCGUGGUCGUGGCCCUUCUUUACAAAUCGAAAGGAGAUCAUCACACUGCUGAUUAGAUAACUGGGCACUUUGAUCUUGGACUAGUUGAUCCUAAAUUCAUGGUAGGGCCUGGAUCACUUACUGAUUGGCACACUGACUUUCUGGGGCCUGAGCCCUGAUGGUUUAGGCAACAAGCAGCAGGGUGGGGCUGGGAAGCACCCAAGCCCUAAGAUGAGCACUCUGAGUACUACUAACCUAGCGAGCUGACGCCCUUGCCUUGGGCCAGUGUGGCUUUUGCAGUGGAGAAAUGAAGCCAAAAGAUGGAGUGAAAAUUUCUACCUUCCAGACCUUUAGCCUAAAUGGGCACCCUCUCUUCAUACCUCUUAGCCCUCUCUCUCCCCAGGGCCACUUGGUAAGCUCUCAGCAUUUGAUGUAACUUGCUAGGAUAUGGACCAUCAUCAGAUUUUCUGCUUUUUUUCAAGCCUUCUUAAUGCACCAAACAUAGUCCUCGGCCCUUAGUGUGGGCACUAUCCUUGUGAGCCCACAGAGGAGAACAGACAGCAUUGUCCUCAUAGCAUAGGGAGAAAAGCUGAGGUACCGAGUGGGGGGCCUCAGAAGCUCUGAAUGUCUGGGAGUUGUGCUAAAAAUGUAUCUUGACAGAAGUAGGUUGAGUUGGAGAAGAUAGAAAAGCAGCAUUAGGCAGGCAUUUGAACAGGCCCUUGCCACAGAGGGAGGUAGUACAGUCAGCCAGAGUUCAGGAGGCCACCCCUGCGGAGGUGCAGGAAUACUUUGAUCUUGCCUUUUACCUUCUUACCUCAGAUGUCAUGAGCCGCCAACUUGCUCAGAAUCCGGGUGCUGCGAGUCAUCUAUGUUUUCUGCCUCUGAGGCCCUAGCCCAAAUUUAAGUCAAGAUAUAGAUUGAAUUUGUAUUCUGUUCCAUUUAUAAUAUGCAUGAUAUUAAUACUCAUGUUUGCCUAAUGAAAUGUUGGAAUAUUCUCUAUUUAAUCUGCAUUAGAGCAAGAUGAGGAGCCAUCUGGAAGUAACUUCUCCUUCUGUCUUUCUUUGUUCGCUUACUACUUGUGCCGUGUGGAAAGAAACUUUAAAAGGAAAGGAAGCCUUCCUGGGGAUCUAGUUGAAAGCUGUCUGAGAAGACCAACCUGAAACACCUCUUGCCAUUACUCUAGACGUCUUACCCUAGUUCAAGUAGAGGACCCCAGAGAAGGCAGGAUUGAAAGGGAAAUGCAUCUCCACACAAUGGGUCCAAGGUCAGUGCCACCACCACAAUCUGGGACUAGGUCUCCCACCUCUCAGCCAUUGUUCUAAGAGUUGAAACUUCAGGUCCAUGGACGCUGUGAACCUUGGGAGGAUCUGUGAAUUCCAGGGAGACAUAGGGUAGAGAGAGUAUCAUUAAAGCCCUGGGCACCAGAGUUCUAUAGGCUGGUUUUGAGUCCUGUUUUCACCGUGGCUAACUGGGUAAAUUUGAGCACAUUGCAUUCUCUUUCUACUUCUGGUUCCUCAUUUCUAAGAUGGAGAUCUGCAUUAUGAAUAGUUAAGAGGAUUAAGUGAGAGGAUGUAUAUGCCUAUAGACUAUUUAAAAAUAUGUUUCCUACUUUCCAAAUAUACAAGAUUUUUCCAGUUAUUCUAUGGCUGUUGUUUUCUAGCUUAAUUGCUUUUGGUCAGAGAAAAUGACUCAUACAGUUUUUAUCCUGAAAUUUGCUUGUUGGUCCAGUGUGAGGUCAAUUUUGUAAAUGUUCCUUAUAUGUUUAAAAAGACUAUGUUCUGAAGUUGUUGGCUUACUCAACAACGUGAUGGGUUUUCUUCUAUGAGGGUGCAGACAGACAUGUAACAGGGCCUUCCCAUCCCCAACUGAGCCCUUCAGCACUCACAGAAGCAGUAGAUGCCGCCCCUUACGCCUGGACUCAUUCUAUGCUGAGGUUCGGGCAUCUUUAGCAUGUGAGACCCAACUUCAUUCUACCUUAAACCUAUACAUGAUACAUGUGUUGUAAAGACUGGGAGCCUCCCUGGAGAAAGAAGUUGUUUGGAAACUGAAUGUAUCACUCAUCCACUUCAGUUCCUACUCUGGCAGGGACUCAUUUAUCUGGCAAUAUCAGAGUAUGUGAAUUUUCCCUGUAAUCAAAAAUUAUCCUUUGAGCCAAAAAAUAUAACAUUGACUCUUUUCAAUGGUAAUUUACCAAAAAAGAUAAUGCAUAUACUUCUUAAUGUGAACUGACCUCAUUUAACUUCUUAGGAUGUUUCAGUCAGGACAGACUAGAUUAUAUGGUAGUAACAUGCAACCCUGAAAAGCAACAGAAGUUUCUUUCUUGCCCAUGCUGCUUCUCCUCUGUUAGUCAGCUGGAGGCCCUGCUCCAUGUCAUUUUUAUCUUAACUUGGGGACUCAGGCUGGCAGAGCUGCCACGAUCUGGAAGUGCUGGGAGAGAGCAUGGUGAAACUUUCUGCCCAGAAGUGACACUGAUUAUUUCCAUCCACAUUUCAUUGGCCAAAGCAAGUCAUCUGGCCAUACCUAACAUCCCAUCGCAUCCCAAGAGAGCCAGAAUAUCUGUGACCGGGCCUAAUGUCAGAGCAGUGGCACCCUCCGGGCUGUGAAGAUAUGGAUGACUAUUUGCAUCUAUGCUGCAUGGCCCCCAGCAGCUGUCCUCUUAGUCCUUUGAUUGCGUUUCAGUUUGUAUUGUCUCCCUUGUGGUCAGGCGGCCAGCCAUUAUUCUUCAUUGCCUUUAACAUGCCAGCCCCUAGCAGCUCUCCCCAUUCACUUCAGAGCUAUUACUUCUUAUCAGUUACGUCAUCUACCACCAUCUAAAGUAAAACCAGGUAGUUACUGAGAGAGGUCUUCAGGAACUCUCCUGCAACUAAAAUGUACUGCCUUUGGUGCUUGGAAUUUGUAACCCUUCCUUUCACUGAUCAGAAGGGGUAUAACAAGGUUUUUGGCCCUUUGCCCUGGUUUUUGGUGAGCUUCCAGAGACUCAAAGGUCACCAGAUAAAUGGCCUUUAGAUAGGCAAGAUAAUCCUGCAUAUUAAUUGUCAUGUACUGAUCAACUGCUUGCUAGUGUAUCCUUUUGAGAAGCAAGGAUGUCUUGGGUGUCUUUUGCAUCUUAUUCUCACCCCAUUAUAGAACUGUUCUCAUGGAGGCCUCCUAGUGGUAUAUUGUAAAGUUUCUGUGAAGGGAAUGGUGCAUCAGUUAGGGAGGGAGGUGAGUAAAUAAACACAGGAUGGAAUGAGAUUCCUCAUCCCUUCCACAUCCUGGGAGCAUCAGGCUGAGGCUCCUAACACAGUCCCCAAGCCCCUUUCUAGUGUGUGUCCUGACACAGCUGCCCCCUUACUCUUCCUCAGGAAGUCUGGGCUCUUGAAAUGACAAUUGAUGGAUUCCACCUUCAUGUGUUGGCCUUGUGGGGACCUUUAUCUGCUCCCUUUGUCUUCUGGGGCACCCCUUCCCCUUGGCCUACAAAGUGAUAGAAGGACAAGAGAGGCCACACUCUGCACUUGGGACCUGGUCCUUAUUAAGAAACUCACUUUCUGUCCCUUCACAGCCAGAUGCAAAGGCCAAGUGUCCCUGGCCAUAGCUGCAUGGCAAAAGGACGACAACGACUAUGAUCAUGAUGAUCACUGUAAUAACCAACAUUGAUUAGGCCCUUAUUACGUGUCAGGGACUGUGCUCAGUGCUUACACGCAUCAUCUCAUUUGCUUUUUACAGUAACCUCAAGAGGUCAGGUGGUAUGAGCCUCAUUUUGUGCAUGAGGGAACAGCCGUACAGAAGUGAUUGGAUCAAGCUCUCACAGCAAGAUUUUGGCAAAGCUGGGAUUUAGGCAUCAAAAUCCAAGCUUUUAAUCACUGGGCAGUCCUGCCCUAAGGCACAUUCUUGGUUUUGCCCAUAACCCUGUCUGUUUAAACUGUCAGGGUAUAAGGAAUAUCAUUUCAUGAUAGAUGGAAUCAAGAAUGUCAAAUUCUCUGGCAAUUUCUAUAUGAAUUGCAUUGAGAGUCAGUGAGAUUUUUAGCGCUACUGAGGAGUGGGUUGGAGAGAAUUGAGCUUCACUUAGGGCUGUGGGUCAGAUGCUCUGUUGAUUUGAUAGAUGAGGAAAGCAGUUCAGGGAUUAAGAACAUGGUCUUUGAAAUCAGAUAAUUCCUAUUUUCCUUGUGAUUUAUGCUAAUUAACUUAUAUGAGCUUCAGUUUGCUCAUUUGUAAAAUGGAAAUUUUAAUAGCAUUUAUCUCUUAGAGUUGUAAUAAUUGAAAUAAUGCAUGUAAAGAAUUUAGCAUGGUGUCUAUCCCAAAGGGUUAUUAAAUAUUACCUAUUUUUACUAGCAUUGUUUUAUUUGAUCUCCUUACAUAUCUAUAAGAUGAGAUAAAAUUUGCUCUUGCCCUCAGCGGCCCCAGAUGGUCUUGGUCUAAGUUCUUAUUCCAGCUUCUGUUUCACAGUUAGUUCCCUCACAUGAAGUCUUCUGUCACUCAACUACGACCGUUGUGUGCGGGUGGAGCUGGAUGAAGAGAGAGUUUUUCCAUUCCAUUUGCUCUCAUUUCCCUGCUCUUCCCAUCAAAGAUCAAAAUCCACACCAUUGUUCCAGUCUUGUAGGCUUUCUUCACCACCAGGAAAAGUCUGCACUCUUAGAUUCUGGUUUGGGUUUUAAUUUCACACAUGAUCAUCCAGACGCACAUGUCUGUGCACCAGAAGUAAACCGAAGGCCCUAAAAUGGUGAAUGGGAGAAUCAAAGGAAAAAGUGUGUGUAGCCAUUGGCCAAAGGGAGAAGGCCCUGAGGAUUGGGAAUUUAUAUAAGGACUAAUUGUGUUAAUUUUUGUCUGCUGCCUCUGAGACAGGGAGGGGAGAGGGUAAAGUGCCCAAUGACCUGAGGAGAAACUUCCCAGGUGUGAGAUAAAAUCCACAAAUGACCUCUGCAGAGCUCUCUCCCUCACUGUCAUUUCUGAUUUCCUGCCAAGUUCUAUUGUUUCUCCCCACUUGUUGGUUCUCACUCCUAGCCCAUCCUUUCCAUUUCAUUUGAGUCAAGUCCUUCCCAUCACCUCACCCCUGUAAUCAUUUUUACAGCCUCCUGGACCCUGAUUUCUCCUUUCCACUGCAUUCUGCUGCCAGAUCUUCCUGAAACAGCACUCACAUCAAAAUACCAGCCUGGCAAGGCCGUCUAAUGGAAAGAACAAACUGACUGGAGCCCUAGGAUCUUGUCCCAACUCUCACAGUCUCUCAACCUAUGACCUUGUGUAUAUGCUUUUCCUCUCAUGACCUCUGUUUCCCUAACUAUAAAUUUGGAUACAGGGUGGUCCCUAAGGCCUCUUCAGUUCUGGCAUUUUACCAUCUCUGUCACUAAGUUGUCAAGAAUCUAUAGGACUUCCUUCUUCCAGUAUGAUUGCAUCUCACCCCCUCGUUCUGUCUGGCUUUGCUCCACUUCUCUCCUGGGCUGCUUCCCAGGCACUCUGCUUUUUCCACAGGCCCUUUCAUAUGCCCACCCAUUCCCCAAGCAAACACGCAUGCCCUUUCUCGCGAUCUUUUCCUGCUUGCAGGGCCUUUCCAGCCUCCUCUCUGUAUAUCCAAAUACUGCUAACCCUUAGGCCCGUUUCUGUUCCACCUCUUCUGUGAAAGCCUUUUUGAUUAAAUUCAACUAACAUUUGAUCUCUUGGCCUUCUGCUUCCCAAGAGAAAUAUAUUCUGUGCCAUAUUUGGUAUUGUACUUUAUUACAUUAUUGCAGGAGCAGGGCCCAUCUGUUGGACAGGGAAAAGCAUCCUCCUGUUGACCGGCAUGGGGAGCAGUGAUCACUUUGCCCCCCCUCCCCAUCAGCAGGCUUCUUGUUCCCCAGCCAGACUUGGGAACAGCUGGUAUUCGCCCAGCCUUCUGAUGUCCCCAGCUGCCCCUGCUUCCCCUUCCUUUGGUUUUCUCAGGUCCCAGCUGUGGGGCCCUGGGCAGAACCACCGGUGAUGCAGCCGAGGGCAGCCAGAGCAAAUGAGAGGUACAUGGACAUGUAACAUUGAGAGUUAGAAGGCGGGCAGAACUGAGCACAAAUCACACCAGUGUUGAAAAUGAGGGAAAGCAGUUUGCCAGCUUAUUUUUCCCAUCUUGCUUUCAUCUAAAAAAAGAAGCUCAGAAAUACAGUCCUCCUCAGUCUGCUAAGCCAGGUGGUCUCUAGAUUCCUGCCAAGUGCGCAUAUAUAAUUAUUCAUCUUUAUGGAAUCACAUCCAGGUCUGAAUCUAGACACUGACUUCUUUCUUUUUUUCUUUUUUUGCCAUUUUUUUUUUAAAUCCUCACCCAAGGAUAUGCUAAUUAAUUUGAGAGAGAGAAGAAGGGAGAGAGUGAGAAACAUCCAUCAGUUGUCUCCCGUACGUGCCCUGACUGGGGAUCAAACCCACAACCUGUGUAUGUGCCCUGACUGGGAAUCAAACCCAAAAUGUUUUGGUGUACAGGACAACAUUCCAACUAACCGAGCCACCCAGCCAGGGCACUUUUUUGCCAUUUGGUCUGGAACCAGUGAAUCCUUGAGCCUUUGUUUCUUCUUCUAUAAAAUGGGGUCACUAAGAAUAUCUGCCUCGCCCUCUCAAUAUUUGGGGGGAUUCCAUGUAAGAUGUAAGACCACUUUGUAAUUCAUAAAGUAUUGGACAAACAUAUAUUGCUAUUAAAAGUAAAUGUGCCAUAUUUUAUUUUUGCUAUAGUGUGCAGCUAGUUAAUGAGCACUUAUUUUGUGCCAAAUACUGUGCUAAGUAUUUUACAUACAUUUCAGGUACACUUAAUCCUCACAACAUUCCUGUAAGAUAGUGUGUAUAGUGUGUCUUAUGCCCUUUCAACAGAUCAGGACAGUGAGGUUUGGAAAGAUUGGCGUUGGAGCCUGGAUUUGAACUUAAACUGCUGGGUUCCAAAGUCGGUGCUCAUAAUUCCUGUCCAUUCCUGUCUCACAAAAAGAAAAUGGUUCUUUACUCUAUGUAAGCUAAAAUAACCCACAAUGUAAUCUCCAAUAAAUGCCCUACACA